AUGUCCAGGUCAGUGAUCUGUUCCCUGAGUGUAGGGGCCACGGCUCCGGAGUCUCUCUCCGUCUUACAGCGGCGUCUUCAGACAGCGGAGCAGCAGACAGAGGAGUUAGUGAGGAGUCUGGGCUCUUUGGGAGCGUCUGCAGAUCAGCUGCUCGUGAACUCUUCAGAUGGGAGCUCCUCUAAACAUCCCAUCAGUCCUGUGAACAUCCACCGCGCCCUGAGUGCCGCAGGAGAGUGUUUGCUGUGGAGACGGAUCUUGAAUCAUGUGGAGGUUCUUCAAGCAGACUGUCACGCCUUACGUACUGACAGACAGGCAAACAGGGCGGAGCUAAAGAAGAGGGAGGAGCAAAUUCUGGGCCUGGAAAGAGAGUGUCGGGAGCUUCGAGACCAAUCCGGAGUGAAGGAGACUCUGAUAUCACAGCUGACCAAAGAGAUCAAGAGUGUGAAGAUGGCUCUGCAGAAACAGCAGCAGGAGAACAGCAGACUCAUCAGGGAUGGACGAGAUCUCAGAGCAGCUGCAGAUCAAGUCCAGGUGUUGAAUGAAGAGUUAGAGGUUCAGUGUUCAGAGCUGAGCACCGCACUUCAUUCAUUAACGCUGGAAAACACUCGACUACAGACAGAACAUCACUGUAAAAUUAAGGCGGAGCGAGAUCGUGUGUUUAAACACCUUCAGGAGCAGGAUCUGCUUUUAGACACAGCCAGAAGGAACAUCCAGGCUGAACUACAGGGCACCAUAUCAGAGAAACUCACCCUGCAGAAAGAGCUGGAGGCACUGAAAGCAGAUCAUGGCAAGCUGCAGCAGAGUUCCACCGUUGCCCUGGAGACAGCUGUCAAUCAUCAGCAGAUGCUGGAACGCACCGUCCAGAGGCUUCAGGGGGAGCUCAGCUGUGCCGUGAAAGAUGAUCAGAUAAAGAGUGAGAUGAACUCUGCAGUCAUUUCGCUGGAAAAGGAGAAGAACAUUCUGGAAACACAGCUGUCAGAGAUCAAGGUGGAGUUGACCAUGGUGAACUCAGCACUGCAGAAACCGAAGAAGGAGAACAAGGAGCUGAUGGAGAGCCUGGCAGCCUUGAAGCAUCAGCAGGUAACUCAUCGUCAGGUAGAACAGAUGCUCUGGGACUUGACAGACAGCAAGAACAAACUGGCCUACGAGAAGGGCAAGAUGCAGACACGAGUGCAGCAGAUGGCUGCUGACCUGAAGACAUUGAAAGCAGAAUGUACUCAAUACUGUCAUAGCAACACUGCACUGCAGAACACUUACACACAGGCGCAGAGGGAAAAUCAGACAUUAAAAGAGCAACUCUUCACACUACAGCAACAGCACAGAGACACGAAUGAAGUAGCUCAAACUCUGGAGAAUGUCCUGUCGUCUCACACUCGUCUGCAGCAGAACACACAAACACUGCAUGCAGAGCUGAGAGAAAGAGCACAGGAGCUACACACACUCAGGAGAGAGAGGUGUUCUCAGUCUUUGCUGCAGCUGCACUCUGAGAUGCUUUCUCUCCAGUCUGAGCUGCAGUGUCUGUCCUCCACUCAGCAGGGGGAGCUACAGGCCGAAAGAGAUCUCAAUCACACGCUACAGGAGAAAUGCCGGCACCUGGAAGAGAGUUUGAAAUCCCUCUCGUCCCUCUCGUCUCCAGGACGUGAAGUGAGACUCGGGGAAGUUUGUCUGGAGUCACAGCAGAUCACAGAGAACAUGGACGAGGACCACAGAGGGCUCUGCUCUAAAUCUGAGAGCUUUAAUGGCCAGACAGAACCACAGAAACUCACAGAGAGCUUGUGCAGGACGGGGAAAGACACCGCACGGUCCACUCCAGCUCAGACUCGCGUUUGCUUUUUUGACCCUGAACUGGAGCCCUGGGCCUCAGCACUACAGCGCUGGGAGAUGAAGAAAGAGCUGGGACACAUCGCCGGCAUUUACAAACCCACAAGACACGUACGUGCGCUGACCACCUGAUAACAGCCUCCACAGAGAAGUGCAUCACAAACUCAUAGAUCAUGCAUGUAACCGGCUUGAAAAAAUUCAGUUGUCUAUACAGUAGGUGUGUUUGUAUGCAAGUACAUAUCAAGCAUAUUUAAAACAUGUAUUUUAUUGCUUGAAACUAAAAAGUGCACUAGCAAAAAUACAUUGUGUGUGUGUAGAAAGACUGCUCAUGAAAUAAAGAGGAAACAGAGCUGCACUUUAUGACCACGUGCCCUAAUUACUCACAAAUUACUCAUGUUAAACAUGUUUUUUUCCCUGCAGCCCGCAAUAAAGUUAUUCAGUUGCAAUAAAAUAAGGUCAAAGUCUUAUACCUGCAAAAUGAAACUCCAGAAAGUACAAAUAUAACUGCAAGGGAGCUGAGGUCGUUCUGUAAAAAAGGGACAACCUCUAUUAUUUUGUCUGAAUAUUGCGUUAUUGUAUUUAUAUAAUAGUUUUUAUUGGUGUAUCUUUUUUUACUGGUAUAUCUUUUUUUUGUCAUGCCAGUAAAGCUAUUUGAACCUGAAAAGACAAUAAUAUAGCAAU